AAUGCGUAGGCCCAGGAUAAAACAUAUGGAGGCCCAGAAGCUGGCCUCAUCCCGGAAUAGGGUUUUUCUCGCAAACUGGUAUUAAAAGAGCUAGGGUUUACUCUCAAUUCAAACGCUUAAAUCUUCAGAUACAGAGAGCCAAGGAGGCACAGCCAUGGCAAGAAUCAAGGUUCAUGAGCUAAGGAACAAAUCGAAGACUGAGUUAUUGAGCCAGCUGAAAGAUCUGAAAGCGGAGCUCGCUCUUCUCCGAGUUGCCAAGGUCACUGGUGGUGCACCCAACAAGCUCUCCAAGAUUAAGGUUGUAAGGCUGUCAAUAGCGCAGGUGUUAACAGUUAUAUCACAAAAGCAGAAGGCGGCUUUAAGAGAAGCUUACAAGAAGAAGAAGUUGUUGCCUCUUGAUCUCCGUCCCAAGAAGACCAGAGCUAUUCGUAGGCGUCUCACCAAGUAUCAGGCAUCUUUGAAGACAGAACGUGAAAAGAAAAGGGAGAUGUACUUCCCAAUGAGGAAGUAUGCGAUUAAGGUUUAGGGAAGAUUGGAUUAGGAAGGAUAUUUUGAUGCUACACUUAUCAAAUGAGAUCACUAUUGUUAUAUUAAUUUUGUGGUGUUGAAUUUCAGAUUUUGUUUUUCUUACUCUUAAUCUGUUUGCCUAUCAUGGUUUUCAUAGUUUACUGUGUUGUCAGGUUUUUCUCCAUAAAUAGAACAUCAUUUAUUUCUGCCCUUAA